GAUGCGUUCAUUUCCUGGCCACAUAGCUGGCGGAGCGAGGGAGCCCGCAAGACCGAGACAUUGGGGGCAAAGCCUUGCCACCCGGGCCGCACCAUGUCCACCAAAGCGGAGCAGUUUGCUUCCAAGAUCCGCCACUUGCAGGAAUAUCAUAACCGGGUCCUCCACAACAUUUAUCCUGUACCUUCGGGAACUGACAUCGCAAACACCCUGAAAUACUUUUCUCAGACCUUGUUAAGCAUUUUGUCCCGCACAGGGAAGAAGGAAAGCCAAGAUGCCUCCAAUUUGACAGUGCCCAUGACCAUGUGUCUUUUUCCUGUGCCAUUCCCACUCACCCCAUCUCUAAGACCACAGGUCAGUUCCAUCAACCCUACUGUUACUCGCUCCCUCCUUUACAGCGUCCUGCGAGAUGCUCCAUCUGAACGUGGCCAGCAAAGUCGUGAUGCUCAAUUAUCAGAUUACCCUUCAUUGGACUAUCAAGGCCUUUACGUGACUUUGGUGACUCUGCUGGAGCUCAUUCCAUUACUACAGCAUGGUCAACAUGAUCUUGGACAGUCAAUAUUUUAUACAACGACAUGUUUGCUACCCUUUCUUAAUGAUGACAUUCUGAGUACUUUGCCCUACACAAUGAUAUCAACAUUAGCUACCUUUCCUCCGUUUCUACACAAGGAUAUUAUUGAAUAUCUUAGCACAUCUUUUCUACCCAUGGCUAUAUUGGGCUCAUCCAGGAGAGAAGGUGUUCCUGCCCAUGUUAAUCUCUCAGCAUCUUCCAUGUUAAUGAUAGCAAUGCAGUACACAUCAAAUCCAGUGUAUCAUUGCCAAUUAUUGGAAUGCCUCAUGAAAUAUAAGCAAGAAGUCUGGAAAGAUUUGCUGUAUGUUAUAGCAUAUGGACCUUCUCAAGUGAAACCACCAGCUGUGCAGAUGCUUUUUCACUAUUGGCCCAAUUUAAAACCUCCAGGGGCCAUAAGUGAGUACAGGGGAUUGCAGUACACAGCCUGGAAUCCCAUCCACUGCCAGCAUAUUGAAUGCCAUAAUGCAAUUAACAAACCAGCGGUGAAGAUGUGUAUAGACCCCUCUCUGUCAGUGGCUUUAGGAGACAAACCACCACCAUUAUAUCUUUGUGAAGAAUGUAGCCAGCGCAUUGCAGGGGAUCACAGCGAAUGGCUGAUUGAUGUUCUCCUCCCACAAGCUGAAAUAUCUGCUAUAUGUCAGAAAAAGAACUGUAGUUCUCAUGUGAGGAGGGCUGUUGUUACCUGCUUCUCAGCAGGGUGUUGUGGUCGCCAUGGAAACAGGCCUGUCCGGUACUGCAAAAGGUGCCAUUCAAAUCACCAUAAUAACGAAGUUGGGUCAUCAGGAGCUACAGCAGAGACACAUCUGUAUCAGACGUCACCUCCUCCCAUCAACACACGGGAAUGUGGGGCUGAGGAACUUGUGUGUACAGUAGAGGCUGUGAUUAGCUUGCUGAAGGAAGCUGAGUUUCAUGCUGAGCAGAGAGAAUAUGAACUAAAUCGUCGAAGACAAAUGGGGCUUUCCUCUUCCCAUCACUCCUUGGAUAACACUGACUUUGAUAACAAAGAUGAUGAUAAACAUGACCAACGACUGCUCAGCCAAUUUGGAAUAUGGUUCUUAGUGAGUCUUUGUACCCCUAGUGAGAAUACACCCACUGAAAGCUUAGCCAGACUGGUUAGCAUGGUCUUUCAGUGGUUCCACUCUACAGCUUACAUGAUGGAUGAUGAAGUUGGAAGUUUAGUAGAAAAGCUGAAACCUCAGUUUGUCACCAAGUGGUUGAAGACCGUGUGUGAUGUUCGCUUUGAUGUCAUGGUCAUGUGCCUGCUUCCCAAACCGAUGGAAUUUGCCAGGGUUGGUGGGUACUGGGACAAGUCCUGCAGCACAGUGACUCAGCUAAAGGAAGGUCUCAACCGCAUUCUUUGCCUGAUUCCCUACAAUGUGAUCAGUCAACCUGUGUGGGAAUGCAUCAUGCCAGAAUGGCUAGAAGCCAUCAGAACGGAAGUCCCAGAUAACCAGCUAAAAGAAUUCAGGGAAGUAUUAAGCAAAAUGUUUGACAUUGAGCUUUGCCCUCUUCCCUUCUCAAUGGAAGAGAUGUUUGGAUUUAUCAGUUGCCGGUUCACAGGAUACCCCUCUUCUGUGCAGGAGCAAGCUCUACUAUGGCUUCAUGUAUUAUCAGAGUUAGACAUCAUGGUUCCACUUCAGCUACUAAUAAGCAUGUUUUCUGAUGGAGUUAAUUCUGUCAAAGAGCUAGCAAAUCAAAGAAAAUCAAGAGUCAGUGAGCUGACAGGGACUCUUGCAGCUCGAAGGGUGAGUGUUGCCUCUGACCCUGGUCGCCGAGUUCAGCACCAUAUGUUAAGCCCAUUUCCCAGUCCUUUCCAGAGCCCUCUUCGAAGUCCCAUGCGCAGUCCAUUUCGGAGCCCUUUCAAGAACUUUGGCCACCCAGGAGGAAGGACUAUUGACUUUGAUUGUGAAGAUGAUGAAAUGAAUCUGAAUUGUUUCAUUCUCAUGUUUGAUCUCCUCCUGAAGCAGAUGGAGUUACAAGAUGAUGGAAUCACCAUGGGCUUAGAAAACAGUCUGUCUAAGGACAUCAUUUCCAUUAUAAAUAAUGUCUUCCAAGCCCCCUGGGGUGGUUCUCAUACUUGCCAGAAGGAUGAAAGAGCUAUUGAGUGCCACUUGUGUCAGUCAAGCAUCCUUUGCUAUCAGCUGGGGUGUGACCUCCUAGAACGACUGGCUCCUAAAGAAGAAAGCCGGCUAGUGGAGCCCACAGACAACCUUGAGGACAGUCUUCUCUAUUCCCGGCCUGAGUUUAUAAUAGGCACUGAAGGAGAAGAGGAUGAAAACCCUGUUGCAAAACAUGGAGAGAAUCCAGGAAAUCACACUGAACUCCCUGAAAACAUUGCAAUAAAGAAUGACACUGAAAGAAAAUUUUGUUACCAGCAACUUCCAGUAACUCUAAGGCUAAUAUAUACCAUUUUCCAGGAAAUGGCAAAGUUUGAAGAGCCUGACAUUCUUUUUAACAUGCUCAAUUGUCUGAAGAUUCUCUGUCUUCACGGAGAGUGUUUGUACAUUGCAAGGAAGGAUUAUCCACAGUUUUUAGCCUACAUUCAGGAUCAUAUGCUAAUUGCAAGCUUAUGGAGAGUCAUCAAGUCUGAAUUCUCCCAGCUGUCUUCACUAGCAGUUCCUCUCCUUCUUCAUGCUUUGUCACUUCCUCAUGGUGCUGAUAUCUUCUGGACAAUCAUAAAUGGCAACUUCAAUAGUAAAGACUGGAAAAUGAGGUUUGAAGCAGUGGAGAAAGUGGCAGUCCUGUGCCGGUUUCUGGACAUUCAUUCAGUGACUAAAAACCAUCUGCUGAAGUACUCUUUGGCGCAUGCCUUCUGCUGCUUUCUGACAGCUGUAGAGGAUGUCAACCCUGCGGUGGCUACAAGAGCAGGGCUCUUGCUUGAUACCAUAAAGAGGCCAGCUUUACAGGGCCUAUGUUUAUGCCUUGACUUCCAGUUUGAUACAGUUGUUAAGGAUAGACCCACAAUUCUUAGCAAGCUUUUACUCCUACAUUUUCUUAAGCAAGAUAUACCUGCAUUGAGCUGGGAAUUUUUUGUUAAUAGAUUUGAGACCCUUUCUCUGGAGGCUCAGCUGCAUUUGGAUUGCAACAAAGAGUUUCCUUUUCCAACAACGAUCACUGCUGUAAGGACCAAUGUUGCUAACCUCAGUGAUGCAGCAUUGUGGAAGAUCAAGAGGGCUCGUUUUGCAAGGAAUCGCCAGAAAAGUGUGCGUUCCCUGAGAGACAGCGUGAAAGGGCCUGUGGAAUCAAAGAGGGCACUAUCCCUUCCUGAAACUCUAACCUCCAAAAUUCCUGUGAGGUUGACCAGGCAUGAGCAGUCUGCUCCAGCUCUCGGUGGGACACCUGAACAAACGCCAGGGCAACAGUCUCCUGAGAAUGAUAACACCAUAAAGGACCUGCUUCCCGAGGAUGCUGGGAUUGACCAUCAGACAGUUCACCAGCUGAUUACCGUUUUAAUGAAGUUUAUGGCUAAAGAUGAGAGCAGUGCAGAGUCAGAUAUCAGUAGUGCUAAGGCCUUUAAUACUGUCAAACGGCACCUUUAUGUUUUACUUGGUUAUGACCAGCAAGAAGGAUGCUUUAUGAUUGCCCCUCAAAAAAUGCGCCUCUCAACUUGUUUCAAUGCAUUUAUUGCUGGAAUUGCACAAGUGAUGGAUUAUAACAUCAAUCUGGGAAAACAUCUUCUUCCUUUAGUGGUUCAAGUGCUUAAGUACUGCUCUUGUCCUCAGCUGCGACAUUACUUUCAACAGCCGCCUCGUUGCUCUCUCUGGUCCCUGAAGCCUCAUAUUCGGCAGAUGUGGUUGAAGGCCUUACUUGUUAUUCUUUAUAAGUAUCCAUACCGAGAUUGUGAUAUCAGCAAAGUUAUGUUACAUCUGAUCCACAUAACAGUCAAUACGCUCAACGCACAGUAUCACAGCUGUAGACCUCAUGCUACUGCAGGACCUUUGUACAGUGACAACAGUAACAUCAGCAGAUACAGUGAGAAAGAAAAAGAGGAAGAUAGUGUUUUUGAUGAAUCUGAUAUUCAUGAUACACCUACUGGACCCUGCAAUAAGGAGUCUCAAACUUUUUUUGCAAGAUUGAAAAGGAUAGGCGGCAGCAAAAUGGUGAAAUAUCAACCGGUUGAGAUGAAUGUGCAGAGAAGUGAAAUAGAACUGGCUGAAUAUAGAGAAACGGGUGCAUUUCAAGACAGCAUUCUACGCUGUGUGAGAGAAGAAAGCAUUCAGAAAAAAAAGCUGCGCUCUUUAAAACAAAAAUCUCUUGAUAUAGGGAAUGCAGACUCCCUGUUGUUUACAUUAGAUGAGCAUCGUAGGAAGUCCUGCAUAGACCGGUGCGAUAUAGAUAAGCCAUCUACCCAUGCCGCUUACAUCACACACAGACAUAAUGAUUAUGGAAGACCCAGACAGAAUUCUUCUACCAGGCUGGACAAUGCAGAAAUCCCCGAGAACCCCACUAUAGAGAGUUUUCAGGAAACCCGAAGACCAGUAAUACCAGAAGUCAGAUUAAAUUGCAUGGAGACAUUUGAGGUAAAAGUUGAUUCUCCAGAAAAACCUUCUACUCCUAAAGAGGAUUUAGAUCUUAUUGAUUUGUCAUCAGAUUCCACAUCAGGGCACGAAAAGUGCUCUAUCCUCUCCACAUCAGACAGUGACUCUCUUGUCUUUGAGCCUCUUCCUCCUCUCCGAAUAGUGGAAAGUGAUGAAGAGGAGGAAACGAUGGAACAAAGUACUGAGGGUGUGUCUACAAAAAACAUUUUGUCUUUUCCUUCAACUCCCACUGGACCAUCUGUGCUCAGUUUAAGUACAACUCCUCUUGUGCAAGUUAGUAUAGAAGAUUGCUCUAAAGAUUUUACUUCUAAAGACAGAAGAAAUAGUCAGUCAUCAGGGAAAAAGGAAUCCCCUCCUCUGCUUUCUGAAGAGUCAAAAGAUGGUGAAGAGUUGUCAAAGCUGGAGGCACUUCAAGAAUUUUCCUGUGGUAGCCCUCUCACUCUGAAGCAGAAGCGAGACCUUCUGCAGAAAUCUUUUGCCCUUCCUGAGAUGUCAGUUGAUGACAGCACUGAGAUUAACAUGGAGGAAGAAAAAGAAGGUGAACAAAGCUCAAGUUCAUGUGCUAAAACAGUCCUCCUUAAAGUUCCUGAAGAUGCUGAGAGCCAGUCUGAAAGUGAAAAGCCUGAUGCUGGUGCUGAAUCUGACACAGAGCAGAAUGCUGAGCAAAAGACAGGAGAGGAUGGAACUGAGGAGUCUGAAUUUAAGAUCCAGAUCGUACCUAGGCAAAGGAAGCAGAGGAAGAUUGCAGUCAGUGCUAUCCAGAGAGAGUACCUGGACAUUUCCUUCAACAUUCUAGACAAACUGGGAGAGCAGAAGGAAUCAGAUCCUUCUGCUAAAGGACUUUCAACUUUGGAAAUGCCCAGGGAAUCUUCCUCUGCACCAACUUUAGAAGCAGGCGUUCCAGAAACAAGUAGCCAUUCUUCUAUAUCAACUCAGUAUAGGCAGAUGAAAAGGGGAUCAUUGGGAGCUCUGACAAUGAGCCAAUUAAUGAAGCGACAGCUGGAACAUCAGUCUAGCGCCCCUCACAACAUCAGCAACUGGGACACUGAACAGAUACAGCCUGGGAAGCGUCAGUGUAAUGUGCCAGUAUGCCUAAAUCCAGAACUGGAAGGACCCCCACUAAGAAUGAGAGGUGCUACUAAGUCCAGUCUGCUAUCAGCGCCCAGCAUAGUCAGCAUGUUUGUACCUGCACCAGAGGACUUCACAGAUGAGCAGCCAACGAUGAUGACUGACAAAUGCCAUGACUGUGGGGCCAUUCUUGAAGAAUAUGAUGAAGAAACACUAGGGCUAGCCAUUGUAGUGCUCUCCACAUUCAUCCACCUAAGUCCAGAUCUUGCGGCUCCUUUGUUGUUGGAUAUCAUGCAGUCUGUGGGAAGAUUGGCAUCCAGCACCAGUUUCUCCAACCAAGCAGAAAGCAUGAUGAUCCCGGGUAAUGCUGCAGGGGUGGCAAAGCAGUUUCUUCGCUGUAUCUUCCAUCAGUUAGCACCCAAUGGGAUAUUCCCACAGCUGUUCCAGAGCAGUAUAAAAGAUGGGAGCUUUUUAAGAACCUUAGCUACAUCUCUCAUGGACUUCAAUGAACUUAGUUCCAUUGCUGCUCUCAGUCAGCUGUUGGAGGGUUUGAAUAACAAAAAGAAUUUGCCAGCAGGGGGUGCCAUGUUACGCUGCUUAGAAAACAUUGCCACCUUUAUGGAAGCUUUGCCAAUGGAUUCUCCGAGCAACCUCUGGACUACCAUCAGUAACCAGUUUCAGACUUUCUUUACCAAACUGCCUUGUGUGUUACCUCUAAAGUGUUCUUUAGAUUCCAGUUUGAGAAUAAUGAUCUGCCUCCUGAAGAUACCUACCACCAGUGCUACAAGGAGUCUGCUGGAACCAUUUUCAAAACUUCUCAGCUUUGUCAUUCAAAAUGCUGUCUUCACGUUGGCCUACUUGGUGGAAUUGUGUGGCUUAUGCUAUAGAGCUUUUACUAAGGAACGGGAUAAAUUCUACUUGUCUCGUAGUGUUGUCUUAGAGCUACUCCAAGCUCUGAAGUUAAAGUCUCCUUUGCCAGAUACAAACCUACUACUGCUGGUCCAGUUUGUUUGUGCAGAUGCUGGAACCAAACUAGCUGAGUCGACAAUCCUGCACAAGCAGAUGAUCGCAUCCAUGCCUGGAUGUGGAACAGCAGCUAUGGAAUGCAUGAGACAAUAUGUUAAUGAAGUACUGGACUUUAUUGCUGACAUGCAUACGUUAACCAAACUUAAGAGUCACAUGAAGACAUGCUCUCAGCCUUUACAUGAAGAUACCUUUGGUGGACAUCUCAAAGUUGGGUUGGCUCAGAUUGCAGCCAUGGAAAUCACAAGAGGCAACCAUAGGGAUAAUAAAGCUGUUAUUCGCUACCUCCCCUGGCUCUACCAUCCUCCCUCUGCAAUGCAACAAGGACCUAAAGAAUUCAUUGAGUGUGUUUCUCAUAUCCGCUUGCUGUCCUGGCUGCUUUUGGGUUCACUCACACAUAACUCUGUGUGUUUAAAUCCCUCAUCUCCCUGUAUGCCAAUUCCUCUGGAUGCAGGGUCCCACAUUGCAGAUCAUCUUAUCGUUAUUCUGAUUGGAUUUCCUGAGCAAUCAAAGACAUCUGUGUUGCAUAUGUGUUCCCUCUUCCAUGCAUUUAUCUUCGCUCAACUAUGGACAGUCUACUGUGAACAAACUGCUGUUGCGCCCUCUGUCCAAAAUCAGAAUGAAUUUAGCUUUACAGCCAUCCUCACUGCACUGGAGUUCUGGAGUCGCGUCACACCAAGCAUCCUACAGCUAAUGGCACAUAACAAAGUGAUGGUAGAAAUGGUGUGUCUCCAUGUGAUCAGUUUGAUGGAAGCACUGCAAGAAUGCAAUUCAACCAUUUUUGUCAAGCUUAUACCUAUGUGGCUGCCAAUGAUUCAGUCAAACUUGAAGCAUUUAUCAGCUGGACUACAACUACGACUUCAAGCAAUUCAGAACAAUGUGAACCACCACAGCCUAAGGAUACUGCAGGGCUCAGGACAGACAAGCACGAGCUCAUCCGCACUCCGGAAGUGGCUCCAGUGCACCCAGUUCAAAAUGGCCCAGGUGGAGAUCCAAUCCUCAGAAGCUGCCUCCCAGUUCUACCCUCUAUGAACAGGGCGUGUUGCUUCUAGCGUGAACACUCUGGUUCAGCAAUAACGGGAUUCCAGACAAAUACUAGGAUCCACGCAGGUUUGAGAAGGCAUUGGGGACCUCUGCACCCCCUCUGUAGUUUAGAUACAGACAUGCGGAGCCUGCCGAUGGCCGUGUCGAAGCUUUCCUGCUUCACCUGUUUCUGACGUCUCCUUGGGCUAGCCAAUUAAGUGUUUCCUUACAUUCUUUUUUAAGAACCAAAUCAUUUCUCUUUAACUGACUUCUAUUUUUUUUAAGAAGAAAAAAAAAUAGACUGGUGGGCACUCACAGAAAAGUUGUAUAAGUCCCCCUGUUGCUAUUUUUGAUGACAGAGAAUAAAUAGGGUUUUUGAA